CUCGACCAAUGAGGAUAGGGAUUGUUAUGACGCCGCUCCUGGAAGCUGUCGAGAGGAAGUUCAAUUUGUUUUGGGAAGUGCAUGGUCGGAACAUUGAAUCACACGUUGGUGGAGAUGUUCAGGCGAGCAUUGGGACAGACUUUGGGCUUUGUGGGCUACACAAUCCAGUAUGGCUGCAUUGCACACUGUGCCUUCGAAUACAUUGGAGAAUUUGUAGUGUGUUCUGGUCCAUCCAUGGAGCCCACCAUCAUCAACCAUGAUGUCGUCUUCUCUGAACGGAUGAGUCGUCACCUUUGUAAAAUACAAAAGGGUGAUAUAGUAAUUGCAAAGAGUCCAUAUGACCCAAAUAUUAACAUUUGUAAAAGGGUAAUUGGACUGGAGGGUGACAAGGUCUGCACAAGUUCCCCUUCAGAUCUGUUCAAGACCCACACAUAUGUUCCAAAAGGCCACGUAUGGCUAGAAGGGGAUAACCUUAGGAAUUCCACUGACUCAAGGAACUAUGGCCCCAUUCCCUACGCUCUCAUCCGAGGUCGCGUUUGUUUAAAGGAUGUCAUAGCAACCACGACCCUGGAAAGAGGUCAGCCAACCUUCUGUCCAUCUGAUUGGACAGCGGCACUCCACUGGAGGCCCUAUCACGACAGCUGAUGAAAUAACAGGAUUUUCUAAGAAGUCAAAGGCAUCAUUAAAUGCCAUAUUAGUAAAUGUGCCCAAAAUCUGCUAUAUGUGUUGUACAUGAAUGGUUGGAAGCACUUUAUUUAUUAAGUUAUGAUGUGAGUCUUACCUCUCUUUUAACCCGUUGUUGUGCUGUUCCUUUUGUCCUGCACAGCUCUGGCCACCACAUAGUUUUGGGACUCUGAGUGAAAGCCCAACCAAGCGGAUCACUAAAACUCAAAGUGACUCAGAUUGACUCAUCCACUUUGUUUACACUGUAUGUUACUGUGUUUUCAGUCAUUUUUGAAUAAAAGUGAUAUUUAUUUUUAAAAGA